AUGAGCAGCGCGAUUGGCCGGCCGGGCGCAGAUCCUCUAAAGUCGAACUCUCGCUUUCUGAGUUUCAUUUUUGCAGGCAGGCGGCUGCGGGCGCGGAGCUAAGGCGGCGACGGCCGGCACUGUGACUCGGACACGCACGGCAGCACAAUGGCACAGUGGUAUCAGCUGCAGCAGCUGGAGUCCAAGUUCCUGGAGCAAGUGGACCAGCUCUACGAUGACAGCUUCCCGAUGGAGAUCCGUCAGUAUCUGAGCCAGUGGAUCGAAAGCCACGACUGGGAGAUGGCAGCGGUCAAUGACUCUCUGGCCACCCUGCGAUUUCACGACCUGCUGUCCCAGCUCGAUGACCAGUACAGCCGCUUUGCCCUGGAGAACAACUUCUUGAUGCAGCACAACAUCAGGAAGAUCAAGCGCAACCUGCAGGUGCACUUCCAGGAGGACCCCGUCCAGAUGGCUAUGAUCAUCAGCAACUGCUUACGAGAAGAGGCCAAGAUCCUAGCGACUGCCAAGAAGGCUGAAAUGGAGAACAUCGGGAACACGCAGAACACGGCCAUGGUGGAGAAGCACAAGGAGUUGGACAUGAAGGUUCGGGACAUCAAGAACAGGGUGCAGGAGACGGAGCAGAAAAUCAAGUCGCUGGAGGACUUGCAGGACGAGCACGACUUCAAGUACAAGACCCUGCAGAGUCGAGAGCACGAGGCGAACUGUGCCAACCAGCUGGAAAUCCGCCGAGAAGAGCUGAUGAUCAGGAACAUGUUCAUCGAGCUGAACAUGAAGAGGGAGGAGGUGGUCUGUAAAAUCGCCGAGACGUUGAACCUGACGGAGCAGAUCCAGUGCGCCCUGAUUACCGAUGAGCUGGUGGAGUGGAAGCGGCGGCAGCAGAUCGCCUGCAUCGGGGGUCCGCCCAACACGUGCCUGGACCAGCUGCAGACCUGGUUCACCAUCUUGGCCGAGAGCUUGCAGCAGAUCCGGCAGCAGCUGAAGAAGCUGGAGGAGUUGGAGCAGAAGUACACGUACGAGAACGACCCCAUCACCCAGAAGAAGAACUUCCUGGAGGACCGCGUGCACUUCCUCUUCCGCAGCCUGAUUCAGAGCUCCUUUGUAGUGGAGAGACAGCCCUGCAUGCCAACUCACCCCCAGAGGCCGCUGGUCCUGAAGACGGGAGUGCAGUUCACGGUGAAGCUCAGGCUGUUAGUGAAGCUUCAGGAGUUGAACUACCAGCUGCGUGUCAAGGCUUCAUUUGACAAGGACGUCAAUGAAAAGAACACUGUGAAAGGGUUCCGCAAGUUUAAUAUUUUGGGGACAAGCACCAAGGUUAUGAACAUGGAGGAGUCGACCAACGGCAGCCUGGCAGCCGAAUUCAGGCACCUGCAACUGAAGGAACAGAAGAACACAGGCAGCAGGACCAAUGAGGGUCCCCUCAUCGUCACAGAGGAGCUUCACUCCAUCAGUUUCGAGACACAGCUGUGCCAGCCAGGGCUGGUCAUUGAUCUUGAGACGUCAUCAUUGCCCCUGGUGGUCAUCUCCAACGUCAGUCAGCUGCCCAGCGGCUGGGCAUCGAUUCUGUGGUACAACAUGCUGACCAGCGAGCCCAAGAAUCUGUCGUUCUUCCUGAACCCACCGGCUGCCCGCUGGAGUCAGCUGUCCGAGGUGCUGAGCUGGCAGUUCUCAUCGGUCACCAAGCGCGGACUGAACACUGAGCAGCUGUCCAUGCUGGGCGAGAAGCUGCUUGGUCCCAACGCCAGUAACCCCGAGGGUCUCAUUCCCUGGACUAAGUUCUGCAAGAACAUCAACGAGAAGGCCUUCCCCUUCUGGCUGUGGAUUGAGGGGAUCCUGGAGCUCAUCAAGAGGCACCUGUUGGCCCUGUGGAAUGAUGGGUGCAUCAUGGGCUUUGUGAGCAAAGAGCGGGAGCGGGCACUGCUGAAGGACAAGAAGCCGGGCACCUUCCUCCUGCGCUUCAGCGAGAGCAGUCGGGACGGCGCCAUCACCUUCACCUGGGUGGAGCGCUCGCAGAGCGACGAGCCCCAGUUCCACGCCGUGGAGCCCUACACCAAGCGGGAGCUCUCCGCCGUCACGUUCCCCGACAUCAUCCGCAACUACAAAGUCAUGGCCGCCGAGAACAUUCCGGAAAACCCCCUGCGCUUCCUGUACCCGUGCAUCCCCAAGGACAACGCCUUCGGGAAGUACUACUCGCGGCCAGCGGAGCCCUCGGAGCCCAUGGACGUGGACAACCCCAAGGGGGGCGGCUACAUGAAGACGGAGCUCAUCUCGGUGUCGGAGGUACACCCGUCCCGACUCCAGAGUCCCGACAACCUGCUGCCCAUGUCGCCCGAGGACUACGGCGAGUUGGAGAAGUUCAUCAACCCAGCAGAGAUCAACACUGUGAUGUGCGGCGCCUACACCGGCUGAGCCAGGUGAAGUGGGUGCUCUCGAAUGCCACACUCCUUGCGUGAUGUCCUCCAGUACCACGGGACUGAGCCUCGUCUGCCUCACGAUGCCAGGAUUGGGCACACACGCCUCUUUGGGACAGUAGUGUUUUUUUAUGUGCUAGAGUGUGCUUGAUGACAGCGGGUACCAAGUGGCACAUGGCUCACCAGCGAGACGCGUCACUGUGCCUUGAAGCAGUGCUUUUAUUCAACAUGUAUCAUCAAAAUAAAUAUUCUGAUUGCCUGC